GCGCCGGAUGUCUUGAAGUUUGUUUCCUGAAUCACGAUUGCCCGCGGCUGUAGCAGAGGGUUUUGGUGCGGAAAGCCAGAGGGAAGCCCCACGAGGGCUGUAGCGAGCGCCGGUAGCGGCGGGAGAGGCGGUAGGAGCGAGCACCAGAGGCCGGAGCCUCGGUGUGGGGCUCUCUCAUGUCGGCUUCCCGUGGAUAGAGCCGCUGGAGCUUGUUGCUAAAGUCCCUAGAGCACCGGAGCUCCGGGAACUUGGCUAUACUGGGUGAAAGAAAAGCUAUGCAGAGAUCAGAGUGCUCUGGAAGUGUGCAGUUGAGAAACAGAGCAACAGGUAGUAAUGAUCAACGCACGUCUUCAAGCACACAGACGAAGCACAGGACUACUGUUCAGAGGAGCAAAUCGUCCUCAUUAACUAGUUCUCCAGAGGCUUUAAGAAGAGCUCAUCCUCGGCCAAGUGAUAAACUCAAUCCUAAAACCAUUAACCCUUUUGGUGAACAGCCGCGGGCCCCUUCUGCAUUCGCAGCUAUUUACUCUCAAGGAGGCAUUCCGUGCAGAUUGGUACAUGGCUCAGUAAAACACAGAUUACAGUGGGAAUGCCCUCCUGAAAUUCUUCCAUUUGACCCGCUUCUAAUUACACUAGCUGAGGGUCUGAGGGAGACCAAGCAUCCUUAUACUUUUGUGUCAAAGGAAGGCUUUAGGGAACUACUUCUGGUCAAGGGUGCUCCUGAAAAAGCUAUCCCUUUGCUACCUCGACUGAUCCCUGUGCUGAAGGCAGCUCUAGUUCAUUCUGAUGAUGAAGUGUUUGAAAGAGGACUGAGCGCACUCGUGCAGCUGAGUGUGGUUGUUGGCCCGUCUCUGAAUGGCCACCUGAAACUUCUCCUUACAAGUCUUUCGAAGAGGCUAAUGGACAAAAAAUUCAAAGAGCCCAUCACCAGUGCUCUGCAAAAGCUGGAGCAGCACGGCGGAAGUGCAAGUCUUACCAUCAUCAAAUCCAAAAUCCCAACAUACUGCUCUAUCUGCUGUUGAAUAAGGGAGGCAACAAGAACCAUGCUGCUUCCUCAGGUGCUGGCAGUGGCUGCCUGGUCCUUCUCUCAGUUCAGUUCAUUCUCACUCACAGCACCAUUCAUUCAGUAACUUGGCUUCAGGGACCAUGCCAAGUCAGAAGAAUCAUCAUACAAAAUGCUUGUCCAAAAAAGCUAAUUAAAGUAACGUGUGUAAAAGUUGA